CUCCUCCCGCAUGCCCUUCCCUGCCAGCCCCUCACCUCCGGAGGAGAGCGCCCGCACCAGACAGGUCGCUGCCCCGGCCCGGGCGGGCUCCUGCCGCCUCCGCAGGUGGCUUGGAUUCACAUUUUUCAGAGGUAUGCUCAUUUGGCCUUUGCAACCCCACGAAAAUGUUACCAUUUGAACAUAAUGACUCUUUUCUUCCCUGGCUUCCUGUUCCCUUUCCUUGUGAAGUGGUCACUGUUGUGAAAUGGAAUGAUCAACAACUGUUACUCCAGAAGUAGAGAAAAGGUAUUUCAUUCUGCUGACCUCUGUAUGUGGAUCGCCCUUUGUCCUGUUCAGCCCAUUUAGAUUUUGACUUAUACGUAGGCUCUUAGUCCGGUGUAAAGCUGAUGGGUGGGCGCAAAGGUAAAGAAUGAUGUAAUUCAGCAGCCACCAGAAAGCAUCUUUUGUUUGAAUUGUAAAAUGGCUACUCCAUAGUCAUCUCCCAAUGAAUCAGAUGUGAGGGGCUGCUUUGUGGAAUGCACCCUUUGUAACGGCACAUCAACUGGAAGCAGGAGGAGACAUUCAGUUGAAGAGCUCUUUCUGAAAAUGGGUUUAACUUUUCUUUUGCCAGUCACUACCAGCAUGACCUCAUACACUUCUAGUACAAUGGUGUGGCUAAGCCUUUGAGUACACAGCCAUUACAUCAUCGCAGCAAAUUAGAGAGGGAGGUGGUGAAAGAGGCCUUAUUGUUGUCAUGGCCGAUGAGAUGAUCAGGACUCAACUCAUUGUCGCCGAGAAGUUGGUGGCUUUGCUGGAGAGUGGUACAGAAAAACUGCUGCUGAUUGAUAGCCGCCCCUUUGUGGAAUACAAUACGUCCCACAUCUUGGAUGCCAUCAACAUCAACUGCUCCAAGCUUAUGAAGCGGAGGCUGCAGCAGGAUAAAGUUUUGAUUACUGAGCUCAUUCAGCAUUCAGCAAAACACAAGAUUGAAAUUGAUUGCAAGCAGGAAGUGGUGGUGUAUGACCAAAGCUCUAAAGAUGUGUCCUCUCUCUCAUCUGACUGCUUUCUUACUGUGCUCCUGGGCAAACUGGAGAAGAAUUUCAGCUCUGUGUAUCUGCUUUCAGGUGGAUUUGCUGAGUUCUCCAGCUCUUUUCCUGGUCUCUGUGAAGGAAAAUCCACGCUCAUCCCUACUUGCAUUUCUCAACCCUGCCUACCUGUGUCCAACAAUGGCCCAACCAGAAUCCUGCCUCAUCUCUAUCUUGGGUGUCAGCGAGAUGUUCUCAACAAGGAGCUGAUGCAGCAGAAUGAUAUUUGCUACGUACUGAACGCCAGCAAUACUUGUCCAAAGCCUGAUUUUAUUCCAGAAUCCCAUUUCCUGAGAGUGCCUGUGAAUGACAGCUUUUGUGAGAAAAUUUUGCCUUGGUUGGAUAAAUCGGUCGACUUUAUAGAAAAAGCAAAAGCAUCAAAUGGUCGUGUGUUAGUGCACUGUUUAGCUGGAAUCUCUCGCUCUGCCACAAUCGCUAUUGCAUAUAUCAUGAAGAGAAUGGAUAUGUCCUUAGAUGAAGCUUACAGGUUUGUGAAAGAAAAAAGGCCGACCAUUUCUCCCAACUUCAACUUCCUGGGCCAGCUUUUGGACUUUGAGAAGAAGAUCAAGAACCAGAGCAGUCAGCCUGGCCAUAUCAGUAAGAGGAAACUUCUGCACCUGGAAAAGAGCAGCGAGCAUGUGCUGGUCCCAGAAGGGGGGCAGAGCAGCCUCUCCACCGCCAGCCAGCUCUGCAUUACCGCUACCUCUGAGAUCGUGGAACAGAAGCCCAUGGACUGCAGCAACCACUUGUCCCCUCUGGAAGAGAGCCCGCUGGUCCAGGGCAUAAACGGACUGCACGUCUCCCUGGAUAAGGUGGAAGAUAACAACCGGCUGAAGCGCUCCUUUUCCUUGGAUAUCAAAUCUGUAUCCUACUCAGCAAGUAGCAGCUGUGUGACUGCAUCGGUUCAGGGCUUUGCCUCCUCUGAAGACACGCUGGAAUACUACAAACACACGACUGCGUUAGAGGGCGGCAGCAAGUUGUGUCAGUUCUCCCCUGUCCAGGAGGUCUCGGAGCAGAGCCCAGAAACCAGCCCUGACAAAGAGGAAGCAAACCCUCCCAAGAAACCCCAGGCCCCCUGGCAGCUGGACAGCCAGAGCAAGCGGCAGCACCUGGGGAGAGCCAGUGGCAGUGGCACCACCCAGCGCUCGCUCCUGUACCCCCUCCACCGGAGCGGCAGCGUGGAAGACAACUACCGAACGAACUUCUUGUUUGGUCUCUCCACCAGCCAGCAGCAUUUGGCAAAGUCUGCUGUGGGGCUGGGCCUCAAAGGCUGGCACUCGGACAUACUGGCUCCUCAGACUUCGGCUACGUCCCUUACCAACAGCUGGUAUUUUGCAGCGGAGUCCUCACAUUUCUACUCUGCCUCUGCCAUCUAUGGGAACAGCGCUGCUUACUCUACCUACAGCUGUAGUCAGCUGCCCACGGGCUGUGACCAAGCCUGUGCUGUGCGCAGGAGGGCAAAGCAGGGUGACCGCGGUGACUCCAGGCGGAGCUGGCACGAGGAAAGCUCUUUUGAGAAGCAGUUUAAGCGCAGAAGCUGCCAGAUGGAGUUUGGGGAGGGCAUCAUGUCAGACAACAGAUCCAGAGAAGAACUGGGCAAAGUAGGCAGUCAGUCGAGCUUUUCGGGCAGCAUGGAGAUCAUUGAAGUGUCUUGAGGGCAGCAGGCUCAUGUGACUGUGUUGGAGUUGCUUCCCCCUCCAGGCUGCUCCCCCAGCGUUUGAGUGGUCCCUGUAAAUCUGAAAAGAACAAACAGUGCAGAAAGCAGGUGGGGAGGGAAGAAACGCAAGUGAAUGCUCCAGCGUGAACACAGGGACUAGAUGAGUACAGCAAAGAAUUGACAAGUUUGCCCAAGGAGACCAAGAGUACCGCUGGGUUUUCCUCCUCCUCCUUCCUGGAGAAGGGCAGAACAUUUCAAAGACCUGUCCCUGACAGAGAAAGCAAUGAUAUGCAAUGGAUUGCACAGCCUUUCAGUGGCCUUUAAAAAGGAAGCUCUCAGUAUCAAACCCUUUCUCUGGUUCCACUGAAACAUGCUCCUCCCCAUCAAAGCUAGUUUUGUUCUCCCCUCCUCACGCCCCAUAUCCUCAACCAGUGCACCUUAGCCCUGACACUGAGCCAACCUCUGGAGGGAGACCUUUUUCCUGUAAGAAAGGAGGAUGGGAGCGAUUCCAAAGGACGUAGGGACUGGUUACAGCACGGCUCGUCUGGACACACGGUUCGGACCAUUGUAAAUACUGGUGUAACUAUUGUUCUAAUGGAUAGGCUUUAGGUGAUUUGCUAGAGAGCUGCUUCAGAGAUAAACAAACCCAGUACCUCAAACAUUCAUAUAAACUAGGGCUUUAUGGCUGCCAGAUGCUGGUGGUCAGUUCAUAAGCAAUGUGAACAAGUACUGACUGGCCACAUUUGAUUUUCUUUUCUAUUUUGUCUCCAAAAGCUGUCUACGCACAAGUGUUUCAGUUGGUUCACCACAAUUCCUAAAAUCAGUGAUUGAACCAUCCUUGCCUAUGACUGUUUCCCCCAGUCUUUUGAAACAUAAAAUAAAACAGUAUUUGUAUUUUUGAUAUUAAGCUGGCUUCUGGGAGAGGGGCAGCUGCUUUGGCUUUCCAGCUGUAAUGGAGUGGUUAAUGCGUAGGGUUAUGCAGGAGAGAAGUAGCUGGUACAAUAUCGCAACAUCCUUUUCUUGCCCGCUGACAAUUCCAUAGAUGGCACUUAAAGGCUUUUUUCCUGUUUUUUUGGGUUUUUUUUGAAAGCUGAAAUUGCAUUGAGGUGGGCUUUUGUCCUUAGUCAAGCAGUACCAUUGAGAAACUGCUCUUCAUACAUGGUCCCAGUUACGCAUGGGUUGGGGGCAACGCAGGUGGUUGGUUUUUCCCAUCCUAACGUGGAUGAGGACUUGGAGAUAGAAGCUUCUCUUCAGUUGUGCUGACUUCAUCUGAGAAACCUGGCUGCCUGUCCAAGGGAAACAGAAGGGGACUUCCAGCAUCCCAUCUGUCAGUGUGGGGUGAAGGAGAGGGGGUUUGGGAAGAGACAGCUUCAGACUGCUUACCUCCCACACUAGCAGCUGCAAGGAAUUCAGUCCUGGCUCUUGUCCUCCAUCCCAGUGCAGGGUCUUGGUUUCCCACUGCACUGAUGCUGGCUGGUAUCAUGCCCUCACCUCCCAAGGAAAUACAUGGUUCAUGCAAGAUGAGGCACAGCCCUUCUUGUGUUGCUUCUGACAGCAAACCAGCUGCCUCCCUCCUGCUCACCCCUCAUGCAGUGCCAUGGCUCAAGCUGAUGUACAGUCAGCAAUGGGUGAUACCAGAAGCACAGCAUAACGCUUCAUCCUUCCUGCUCUGAUGGGAGCUGCAUGAGUUAUCUCACCCCUCAGAACAUGUGAUUCAGGGGGAAUGAUAUUGUUUUGUCCCAUUUCAGUGCAGGCAGCUGAAAAUUGUAAUUCACAUGUAAUAAAUACUUACCCCUGGCCAACAGCUUUAGAAAGAAAUUCUCAGCAGCAAACUGAAGCCCUAAUUCAAGUCAGCAGCUUGGGUUAUGUUUGGUUUUUUUACUGUAAGUUUAGCUAGUUUGUGACUCAAAUCUCAGGUUUUACUCUAUUGAAAAGUGCAGAAGAUUUUGUCAUUGUUUUGUUUUGUGGCUAGGAUGUGACUUUAAUUUCCUACAGCGGACUGUUGAAAAUAGCACUGAAAGCUACAGCCUUAAUUAACUCGAUCCUAAAAAGUGCAAAAGGCACAGAGAGGCAGCACCAGGAGUAACUGAACCCAGUGGCUGUGUUCAUGCCGGGUGUACAAGAUGCUGGAAGAAGAGGUAGUCCAGACAAGGUGUAGGCUGACACCACACUGGAAAGCAUGUCAGGUUGUGGUUAUUCAUUAAACGUACUGACACUUGUCUUUGUUUAUGUAUCAAGUGAAAGCAAUUACAUUACAACCAUUUGCAGCAUAUACACACACUCCAGUGUGUGUAUACAUACAUAUGUAAACAGUUUAGCAGUGCUCCUCUCAGCCAGAUUUCAGUGAAAGCCUGUGUCUGAUUUAACUGAUUUAAAUCAGUUAAUGGGGGGUUAACACAAAUCAAUCCCUAGAGGCAGAACCUUCCUGUCCUUUGUGCUCCUUUUGCACAUGUGUGUUCUGCCCCCUUCUCUCUGUACAGAUACAUAUGGUUGGUUUUUUUUGGUUAAUCACCUCCUGAGGAACCAAAAUCUGGUUGUGUGGCUCCUCGUGAUUUCCAAUAGGCUACAGUCAUCGAAUGAAUCAAAGCUGUAGGCUCAGUAUUGCUAGGGGAGGGGGUCCUGUAGGAGGAAGCCUUAACCCCAUGUCCUGCCCAGGGUAGUGCCCUGUCUCCUGUCUGAACUCGUGUCCUGUACCUGAACAAUGCUGGAAAUGGUUUGUAGAAGUUUGGAAGGCGAAGUGGAGGAUGCAAGGGGGAAAUGUGUACAUGUUCAGUAUGAAUAUAAUGUUCUUCGGUGUAUGGCAGGCUGUUUAAAUGGUUCAGAGCAAUGUGAGUUUCUCAUCUUGUUGUGUCAUGAGCAUUACCUGUAUGUUAUGAUGAAAUAAAAUCAGAAAUGGUACCCGUUUAUACAGAA